AAGAAACAUAAACCAGAGCUAAAAGAUACAUAAGUUUCUCGAUCUUUGGAGGGAGCCGUCCGAUCAGAAUCUGAUCAUGGACAAGGUGAUGAGAAUGUCAUCAGAGAAAGGAGUUGUGAUCUUCACAAAAGACUCAUGCUGUCUUUGCUACGCCGUGCAGAUCCUUUUCCGUGACCUUAGGGUUCAACCAACCAUCCACGAGAUCGACAAUGAUCCUGACUACCGCGAGAUAGAGAAGGCCUUAGUCCGUCUUGGCUGCACCAACGCUGUUCCUGCUGUUUUUGUCAGUGGUAAGCUGGUGGGUUCAACCAACGAAGUCAUGUCGCUUCACCUAAGUGGCUCCCUUGUUCCAUUGAUCAAGCCGUAUCAGUCAUUUCAUAACUAGAAAAUGAAUGGAUCCUUAAGAAAAGAUAAUUAGUACGUAUUAGAUGGUAAAUAAUGAUGGAAAUAUUACACGUAAAUGUGUAUCAUGUUCUUAUAUAUAUAGCUAAUUUUUAUAUUUUGUUUUGCUGAUCAUGUCAAAAACAUUUAAUUAGCUAGCUUUGUAUUUUCCAGCUUAAUCAAUCAGUGGAUGUACUGAUGUAUUAUCUAUUGUAAUGGAGAAAUUAUAUAUCAUAUGUUAUGUUGCUUUCG